CGACGGUAGUUCACGCGGACGUCGUUUGCAUCCGUGUGCCGUUGUCGUCACUGUCGUCGUUGUUUUCGUUACCGUACGCGAGUUUACAGUGUUCCGAAAAAGAUAAUUAACAAUAAUAACAUAGUAAAAUAUAUGUGUUUAUAAAAUAUUAUUCGUCGUAGAAGAUUCUAGGACCGUCGUCAACGUAGUAUAGGUGGAAAAUGCAAUCAGAAUCAAGUUCACUUCAUACUCUUACAACGAAACAAACCAAAAACAAAGAGCUAUGGCUGAGAGCGAUACAUCGGAUUCACAGCCAGAAAAGGCGAAAUCAACAUGUCGAUUUACAAAAGACAAAUUCUGUUUCAAACAUGACAGUGGAUACGUUUGACGGUACAGACUACAACACCAACAAUACAUCACAAAUUCCAAUCGAGUACACGGAGCCUGUGUUCAAAAAAGGCAGAGUUUACAAAGGCAUUUAUUGUCCAACGCUCACCAACAGUUUUCGAGAACCCAGUCUCGAGCUAUCGUAUCAGAGAUACUCGCACAGACAACGACAGAAGUCCUUAAUCAUCGUUAAUUUCGUCGACAUGACACUUAAAGCAGUCUUAGCCGGUGUGUGGCUGUUGCCGACCUAUCACGAACCGUACCAUAGUCAAAGGGCCAUAUGGACGUGUCUGACGAUGUUUGCCAAUCUCACCGUGUGUCUGCUAGGUUGGUGGAAAUGCUUCGCCAAUAACUAUCUCCAGUGGGCAGCCGUUUUCACUUGGUGUUUCAUUAAUAUACAAGGUUUCGUAUGGGAGAGUUAUGGACAAGGAUCUAGAGAAUACCUGGUGUGGUACGUGCUGUUCAUCGUCUUCGUUACUUAUGCCAUGCUACCGCUUCCGUUGAGGUGGUGCAUACUAGCCGGUUGUUCGACCGCACUCUUACACAUACUCAUCACCAGUUACACGAAAUCGUCAAAAGAAAAAAAUAGACUGUGCGUCGUUCGCCAGCUAACCGCAAUGAGUUUGUUGUACGCUGCCGUCAACUUUGCCGGAAUGUACACAAAGUACCUAACAGACCGAAGUCAACGAAAGGCGUUUUUAGAAACGCAUAGGUCCACCGAAGCCCGAUUCAAGACCCAAAAGGAAAACGAACAACAAGAAAAACUUUUACUCUCGGUUUUGCCGGAUUUCGUGGCUAGGGAAAUAAUCAAAGACAUCGCUUCUGAAACGGACAAAGGACCUUUUAUGCCAAAUCAAUUUCACCGAAUUUACAUUCAUCGUUACGAAGACGUCAGUAUUCUGUUUGCCGACAUUAAAGGUUUUACAGAGUGGGCGAGUCGUACUUGUGCUCAAGAAUUAGUCAGAGUACUCAACGAUCUAUUUGCUAAUUUUGAUAAACUAGCUGCGGAAAACCACUGUCUUCGUAUCAAGCUUUUGGGCGAUUGCUAUUAUUGUGUCUCAGGUCUUCCUCAAACUAGACAAGAUCACGCCGUCUGUUGUGUAGAAAUGGGUUUGCAUAUGAUAAACGCGAUUAAGGAAGUGCGAAAUAAAUUGAACGUUGAUCUAAAUAUGCGCAUCGGAAUACAUUCAGGGUCGGUUCUUUGUGGCGUCUUAGGGCUCAGAAAAUGGCAGUUUGACGUGUGGUCUUACGACGUGACAUUAGCCAAUCACUUGGAGUCAGGCGGAAUACCUGGACGUGUUCACAUAUCCAAGGCUACUCUAGAUUGCUUAGAAGAAGCCUACGAUACAGAACCCGGUCAUGGGGAAAAUCGCGAUGCUUAUUUAAGGGAUCACGGGAUUGAAACGUUCUUGAUUAAAGAACAAGAACCUUGCCGAGGUCACCGAAAGCUACAGAAAAUUAAUUCUUCGAGACCGCGUUUAUGGUCGGACGAGAAAUUGUGUUUCAAUUCCAAUACGCAGAAACUAGUAUCGCCAAAAAUUGAGGAUUAUAUCGAUGACAAUAAAUGCAAUGAAUGGACUCCGGAAAUACCAUUUGAAAACUUAAAUACAAGUGAUCAAGAAUUGGAAAUCGAAGACGGUGAAUGUGGUACUCCUAUAACGAUCGAAGGAGACGUCGAACACGCCGAAGACAUUAUGGAUCAUUGUAUCGAAGUCGAGAGUAAUGAAAGAAUGAGAAACGAAAACAUAGAUCGAUGGACAUUAAGGUUCAAACAACCAGAAAUUGAAACUAAAUUUUGUCAGUUACGCGAAGACAUGUUUAAAUCAAACAUGGCGUGUUGUUUUAUCAUAUGGCUGUUGGUCGUGUGUUGUCAAACGAUCAUGUUGCCCCGAUGCAUGAAACUAUUGGUUGCCUUAGCAUUCACCACCGUUGUGCUUUGCGCUGCGCUAACACUUGUCAUGGCAGAAGAGUUCAUGCACUUGCCGUCUGCUUUGCAGAGGAUGUCCUCAGUAUUGGUGCAAAACCGGUUCAGGCGGACAAUGUUCAUUUGCGCUGUAGUCGGACUUAUAUGUUUUUCCUCCACUCUUAGUCUCCUGUUUACGCCCGACGAGCACCUGAUCAGGAAAGUGGACAACUCGGACGGAGACGACGGCCGAAGGACAAAACGCCGGACAGAAGAAACCAACGACUGUGUGCACCCAGAGUAUUUAGUGUUCACGUGGGUCCUUUGCCUAAUAGCCUUAGCCACCACACUCAAGCUAUACUUCCUGGUCAAGACUUUCUUAGCAUCCAUCAUGGUGGCCGUGUACACAGGACUCACAUCGCUAGCCUACCCACAGGUAUUCUCACAGACCGACACUGAACACCGGACCAUGCCGCUGUCGUCGCAGAUGCUGUUGCUGUUGAUCGUGUUCCUAGUACUAGUGGCCUAUCACGCCCGGCUAGUAGAAGUCACUUCCCGGCUAGACUUUUUAUGGAAACGGGAAGCCGAACGGGAAUUGACCGAAAUGCGUGAGACCCGAACCAACAACCGACAACUGUUGCGCAAUAUACUGCCCGAUCACGUCGCCCACCAUUUCCUGUCGUCCUCACGCAGGCACACUACGGACGAACUGUACUCGCAGUCCAUCGACAAGGUUGGCGUCAUGUUUGCAAGCAUUCCAAAUUUCACAGAAUUUUAUUCUGAAGACAUUAACAAAGGCAUGGAGUGCAUCAGAUUGCUGAACGAAAUAAUCGCUGACUUCGACGAAUUGUUAUCGGAAUCGAAAUUUGGUUCGAUUGAAAAAAUCAAAACCGUCGGUGCAAGCUAUAUGGCCGCGUCCGGGUUAAAUCCCGGUGUUAAGGACGGAGAAGACGAAUACGGUCACCUUUGCGCUCUUGUCGACUUCGCAUUAGCUAUGAAACAAUGUUUACAAGAUGUCAAUGUGCACUCGUUUAAUAAUUUUCAGCUCAGGGUUGGAAUAAGCUGCGGUGCCCUAGUGGGCGGAGUCAUCGGAGCGCGGAAACCCGUGUACGACAUAUGGGGAAACACCGUGAACGAGGCUUCCAGGAUGGAUUCCACGGGCACUAUGGGCCGGAUACAAGUGCCCGAGAGCACGGCCAAAAUCCUGAUGGACAGGGGUUACGAGACGGAGUUCCGGGGCUCGAUCGCGGUCAAGGGCAAAGGCGAGAUGAAAACGUACUUCGUAGUGGGCAAAAAGGGAGCCGUGGCGAACAACCUGAGCCGACAGUCGAGUCAGAUCAGCAGCUUGGCGACCGUCGUCUACGGGAUGGUGCAAGCCAGACGCCGGCAAAACACAGUAAAAAAAAGACAUUUUCAUCAUGUUGCAGGCAACAACAACCUGACGCGCACCAAGUCGCAGUACCACCGCACGCAACCCGGCCGGUUGGUGAACUUUAGCAGUUUUCGUGUGUCCAACCGGCACCAACAACAACAACAACAAUCACAGCAGCAACAGCGGCAGCAGCGACAACAGCAGCAGACGUUCCGCGACGGUGUCGACGACGGCGGACCGAGUCCGGUGGCCAGGGCCGUCGCGGCCAGCGGCAGCCGUCUGUUGUCGUCGGCGUCGGCUUUCGGCGGCGCGCUGCAACAGCACCAACGCGACAACGGGACGGCUGCGACGGCGGUGGUGGUCGCCCGGGUGGACUCGCGUAGUAAGAACCACAGGCCGGUCACCGCCGCCACGUCGCUCAGGUACUGCAAGUCGGUGUCGCCCAUCGCCGAGAAACCGCCGGCGCGCCGCAGCCCGCCCAGGUCGGCGUCCAUGAACCUCCAGGCCCGCAGCUCCGCGGCGGCGGCGGCGGCCGUCGACUCGUUCCCGAGGUGAUGAUGAUGAGUGAUGACCGGUGCGGGUAGACGCAGCGCGGCGGCGGUCGAGUGCAGCGUUCUAUUGUAGCGGAACAGAGUCCGUAUUAUUAUUAUUAUUAUUAUUAUUAUAUGAAUAUUGUUUUAAACGGAAAGCGAACGUUCGAUGGGGUACGAUCGAAAGGUUUGUUAAAGUACCAUCUGUUCUCUAUAUUGAUUUGUCAAUAAUUAUUACGUGUGUGUUAUAAAUACCUCUAAAAUCACAUUAAGUAUAUUAUUAUGUAUAAGAAAAAUUGUGCGUGAUGUAUAUAUUAUGAUAAUAAACCCACAGAAAAUAUAUGUCUUGGCGCGUCCUAUCGAGUGCAAAACUCGCAGUUUGAGGGCCGGGAGGGUAGACCGACGGCGAUUUUAAUAACUGCACACCAUUUUGUUGAAAAGGAUCUAAUGAGUCACAUGUUUGAGUAUAGAGUAAAAUAUUAUACAGUACAUUAUGGUGAAUUUAUUUCCUUUGACAGACAUAACAUUAUUUAGAAAUAUUCAUAUAGCGUCAUAAAAGUAUUCUAGGUCAAAAUAUCCACAGACGAAAUAAUAUGUAUCCAGGAAAAAUGUAUGCCGGUAAAAGAGGUUUUGAAAAAGUAAAUAAGAAUAAUCCAAAUUCGAAGAUUUAUCGUUCGUAACACUGAACUGUUAAUAAUUAUUAUAAGUCUGAUUUGAUCCACGGUGACAGUUCAAAUAAUACCCAAUUCACGUACGUUGUGCUCUUAUUAUUUUGUCAGCUGCUUGUUCUAGUCACAUUUUCGCAAUUAUAAUUUUCAAACAUUUAUACAUCGAUAAUAUUAACCUGAAUCAAUAUUAAACAAAUCGAUUGAAUUAUAUUGAAUUGAUAAUAAUACGUCUUAUUAAGUUUGAAAAUCGAAUGUUCCGCUAAUAUCGACUACACGUCAUAUAUAACACACUGUUUAUACGAUAAGCUGAGUUUAAUGAGCUUAGAUUAUAUUAUUCCGUUAUUAUUAACUUUAUUAUCUAAUACCGACGUAAAAUCCUUAUUAAUAAAUUGUUUAAGUUUGGAUAUUUUGACUGAAUACCUAUAUAAGAUACUCGGCCAUAUCUAAACAACGUGCGUACAAAAUGUUUGUAUUAAAAAUGUUUAAUGGGUAGGUAUUUAUUAAAAGGUACCUUUUUACAUUUUUAACUUUUCAAAAAAAAUAAUCAAAUUUUCAUUUUUAAUUUGAGUUUUUUUUUUAAU